AUGACAACAAAGUCCAAGAAUAAUCUGCCUUCACCAUCAUCAUUUGAACAUCUACCCGACCUUGUUUCGCGAGCCAAUUGCAAUUCUGAUACUUCAACAUUACCGUCAACAACUUUUCGUCAACAUGACCCACGCACAUCAAUCGAUGUAAUACGAGAGAUGACUUGUUCUUCCCCAUUGCGACAAGAAUACGCUAAUUUAACUGUCCUUGAUGUUUACGAUGAGGCGGCAUUAAUUGGCAAAGACUUCGAACGUAUUAUCGAAGCUUAUGGAACGGAAACUAUUCGUGAUCUCGUCCCGAAAGUAAUUCGUAUUCUUGAGUUACUUGAACUGCAGGCGGCGAAAAAUGAAAAAGAAAGCGAUCAAUUAAUGCAAAUGAAAACACGUAUCGAACGGUUGGAGAUCGAAAAGAGCGAAACACGUGAAAUACGUGAGAAGUUCGACCAAGAACUCGAAGUUGUCGAAGAACAAUGGCGUAAAGAAGCAGAUAAUCUUAUGGCACUUGUAUCAAAACUAGAAGAUGAAAAUCGCAGAUUACGCGAUGAACUUCAACACAAGAGUGAUUUGGAUGAAAAAGUCGAACGAAGCAGUUCGAAAGAUAGCAUCAGUGUCACUCGGGAAGAACUACAGUGCAUCAAAAGUCUAACAGAUGAAAACAUGAAACUGAAAAAGAUGAUGAAAACCAAAGAUAAGGAAUUAACUCAAAAAACGCUCGAUAUUGAGGCAAUCCAAGGUCAACUCGAACGUGUUUGCAAAUUAAAUUGUACAUUACGUCAAAGGAAUACGUUUUCCGUCAAUCAAACUCAACGGUUGAUAGUGGAAAAACUCGAUUUAGAAGUGCAAUUAAAAGAAAAGGAAAAUUUCAUUGCUCAUAUGAAAGAUCGUGUCACCGAUGAUUUGACUAGUCCAAUAUCCCCAACAAAUCCGACUAAUGAUUUUUCGACAUACGAUGCGAAUCAACCACGGUUUUCAUUACAAGAAUUACGUCAAGUUCUCUGGGAGCGAAACGACCUGAAGACCAAGUUAGUGGAAGUCGAAGAAGAAUUACGAUUAUUCAAAGAACAUGAAGAAAACAAUAAUAAUAAUAAUGAUGAUGAUGAUGAUAAUGGCGCUGUCCAAGGUCCUAUUCCUUUAGAGCCCGAUGAAAAAUUAUACGGUCAAAAGCAAGAUGAAUCGAAAAUUCGUCAAUUUGUGAAACUCUGUUUACUUUUCCCCAUGAUCGCUUGCUUUGCAAUUCUAUGUUUUUGUCUUCGUGCCUUUUUUCCGUCGACUAAAUCAUCGCCAAUAUCCAACCAAAAUACAUCUGGACAAUUAUCUACGCCGUCGACAACAGCAAAUUCUAGUCGCUUUUCGUCGCCAACGAUUCAAUCGACUAGUUCAUCAUCGAAACGAUUUUCUAUCGAUAGCUUGUUCAAUAGCAAUCGUAAAGCAUCGAAGUCCAACUUUCCCAUCCUUUCGCCACCUUCAACUCAAUGA